AUGGCUCCCUUAUGGAUUGCAUUGGCUGUGUGCAGCAUAAUUUGCAGUAGAGCAGCGGCAGAUGUAGGUGUUUGCUAUGGCCUCCAUGGAGACAACCUCCCACCACCAAAAGAGGUGGUGGCACUCUACAAACAUUACGGGAUUCAAAGCAUGAGGCUAUUUGACCCUAAUCCCUCAGCCCUUGAAGCUCUUAAAGGGUCCGGUAUUGGAGUCAUACUGGGCGUUCCGAAUACAGACAUACCCAACAUUGCAUCAAGCCAAGCUGCUGCCCAGCAAUGGUUUGACACCAAUCUGGCACCAUAUCUGAAUGAUGUUAACUUCUUGUAUAUUGCCGUCGGCAAUGAGGUGAUACCAGGAGGGGAUGGAAGCACAAUUGCUGGAGCAAUGAAGAAUAUACAAACAAUUCUAAGUAGCAAAAAUGUAGGUGGUAUCAAGGUUAGUACUGCGGUGCCACUGACCGUAUUGGGAACCUCAUUCCCCCCUUCAGCAGGGCAGUUUUCAAAGGAGGUUGAUGGUGUGAUGAGGGCCAUUCUGGGGGUUUUAUCAGCGCAGGGCUCACCCCUAAUGAUCAAUGUGUAUCCUUACUAUGGAUAUGUAGGAGACCCAGCAAACGUACUCUUGGAUUAUGCAGUGUUUAGGGCCAAUGGCACGGUGGUUCAAGAUGGGCCACUGGGGUAUUCUAACCUGUUUGAUGCGAUGGUGGAUGCCUUUUACUCGGCAAUGGAGAAAGCGGGCGGGAGUACGGUGGGUGUUGUAGUGACUGAGAGUGGUUGGCCGUCUGCUGGGAAAGGGAACGUUACCACCCCAGAGAUUGCAGGGACUUAUAACAGGAAUUUCUUGGCACAUCUCAACGCCAAUGGGACACCAAAGAGGCCUGAUGCUAAGAUAGAUGGAUAUAUUUUUGCGAUGUUCAAUGAGAAUCUAAAGCCCGGUGCUGCCACGGAGCAAAAUUUUGGACUCUUCUAUCCUAAUAAGCAACCUGUUUAUCCGGUAUUUAAUCCGAUUAUCUAA